UCUUCCGAUCUGUGGGAUUAUGAGCUUUCUUUAAUGACAGCACGAUACUUUCUUUCAUUAACGUCGCCAAAAAUAAUUUUUACGAUACCAAAAUCGGCCGCGACUUUGAAAGAAGCAGCAAAGGAAUUGAAAUUGGAUGUAAAAAUAGUAGUUCUCGGCAAGUUAGAUGGAUACGAGUCGAUGGAUGAUAUAAUGAAAGAUAACGAUAGUCACCAGAUUGCCGAAUUCAAAUGUACUCCAAUCGGCAAUUCUAACGAAGCUAGUUUCAUUGUUUUUUCUUCAGGUACCAUGGGUAUGCCAAAGGCUACUGAGAUCAGAUAUUCUAGUUUGCAUUCCUGCCUGUAUCCCCAAAUAAUCGCUAAACUGAAAAAUAAUGUUUUCUACAUUCAUUCGACAUUACGAUGGUAUUAUGGCAUUGGGAUGGCAGUGCAGGCUAUCGUAUCAUAUUCAACUACAAUUUUAGGACCAGAAACUCUGAUAGAUAUUGAUGCCGAGUACAUUUGCAAGAUUGUCGAAAAAUAUCAAGUAACGUUAAUUGCUACUGUUCCAAACACUUUAAUCAAUUUCAUUAAGAUGAAUUUGUUAAAAAAGUAUCACUUAUCAACAUUAAGGAUUAUUUUUAUUUGUGGUUCUAUUUUCCCAAAACAAUAUCAGGAAGAAUUUGCAAAAAAAUUACCAAAUGCUUUAAUCAAAAAUUUUUAUGGAUCUACUGAUAUAGCAGGUAAACUCACUGAACAAAGUGAGCACUGUAAACCGGGAUCCGUUGGUCUUCCUGAACCUAAUGUUCAAAUAAAAGUGAUGGACACAAAAACAGAAGAAACCUUGGGAAUUAAUAAAGUUGGAGAAAUACGUGCCAAAACGCCUACAAUGAUGAAAGGCUACUACAAGGAUCCCGAAGCAACCAAAAAUGCUUUCGAUUCUAACGGUUGGUUUCGUACUGGCGAUGUGGGAUAUUAUGAUGCCAACGGAGAACUCUUCAUCGUUGGUAGAAUAUCUGAAUUUAUCAUCUUCAGAGGAAACAACGUUUUACCUGAGGAAAUCGAAACUGUUUUACAGACUCAUCCUGCAGUAUUAAGAGCGGCAGUAAUAGGAAUGCCUCAUGAAAUCGAUAAUGAACAUCCAAUGGCUAUCGUCUCUGUAGCACCAGGUAAAACG